UUUGUCCUUCUCCAGGUGACCACCUACCAUGUCUACAUGGCGUUACAGACGGACUGUCAUGUGACCGUGACAGAGUCUCAACAGCACCAGCUGACUCCAGACUCCGCCUCCCCGGCUCAGAUCCUCACCCUGACCGUGGGCAGCAUCAACCCGGCUGUUAGACCCUUUGAUAUCAGGCUAAUCUCUACAGAGUAUGCAGAGCUCAGGGAGAAGCUCCACGCUCCCAUCAGAAACGCUGCCAAUGUAGUGAUCCACCAAACCAUCACUGAACUCUUCUUGGAAACCUUUAGAGCUCAGGUGGAUCUCAAUCGCCCGUACACACUCCCCAGUGGACAGGAGGUGGAGCCCUGUAUCGGCUGUAUGCAGGCACCAGCAGGCACCAAGCUGCUCAGACUCUGCCACGCAGAAGGAGCUGAUACGGAGUCAGAGUGCCAGCAGUGUUUCUGCAGACCCAUGUGGUGUCUGUCCUGUCUGGGCCGAUGGUUCGCCAGCCGACAGGACCAGCAGAGACCUGAGACCUGGCUCUCUAGCAGAGUGCCCUGCCCCACCUGUAGAGCCAAGUUCUGCAUACUGGAUAUAUGUGUGGUCAACUGACAACACCUGAAUACAGAUCCAAAGAGACAGUUUGCUCUUUAAUAAUGUGGAGGUGUACAGUAGUGUACAGAACAUCAAACUGAACUUGUACCUGCUUACUCCCUGCUAUCAAUAAGGAGUCAUUAUUUAGAGUUAGGACAUUACACUGGUAAACAUUUGCUUUAACCAUAACAUUGUGUAAAAUGGCCUGAUCAAUUUCACAUUUUGGGAGAUUUGAUUUUUUGGUUAUUACCUCCUGUCAGAUAGGAUAUAUGACAUCAGUUACCCUGAUCCCAGAGCAGUCUGUGAGGAGACAUGCACAACUUAGCAUAAAGAUUGAAUGCAGAAAAAAGUGAAAACGUUCACAUUACUCGUGUUUCUAUGCCAAUGUUUCAUUUUCAGCCUAGGUCUUGCAAGGCCAUAAUCAUCAGGCAGAGAUGUUCUUAUAAAAUAUACUUUAUUAAUAUACUCCAGUCUUUUCAUAUUAUGGACCCAUUAGUGUAAGUGCUGUGAGGAAAUAGCUCUGUCCAUACUAACCACGGGAUUCCACCGGGUCCGUCUGCGCGGCGUUACGGCUGCGCUGCGGCGUUCACAGCGAUCGCAGCCACUGUAGUCAAUGGGUGUUAGGCAGCGUCCACACGGCGGCGUGCGUUGAAGCUUCCCAGUGGGUGUAUCAGAAACUCGACCAACAACCAAUCACAUGAA